AUGAACCCGAACUCGAAAUCUUGCCAGAUAGAGCAAAGUCAACAACGAAAUCAUGACGACGACUUAGAAGAGAAGUUGGGCUCUGUGGAGGCCGUGCAGCAGCCCGAAACGAGAACCAACGACAGCGGAGAAUCGAUCAAUGAGCUUGAGCAUUGGAACAACCCUCGAGUAAACUUGUAUCGUUACUUGAAUGACGCAUCUCUAGGGGCUCUGCUGCCAUACAUCGAGACAUACUAUGGCAUCAACUACACCACCGUCUCUACUCUCUUUCUCGUACCCGUAGCUGGUUAUGUAGUCGCUGCACUCACCAAUAACUGGAUACACUACACCCUAGGUCAACGAGGCGUUGCGGUUCUUGGGCCUCUCUGUCGCCUCAUCGCCUACAUUCCUGUGGCACUUCACCCUCCAUUUCCAGCGCUACCCUGUGUGAUGCUGUUUACUGGUUUCGGUAACGGUAUCCAAGAUAGUGGCUACAAUGCCUGGAUUGGCAACAUGCACAGAGCCAACGAGCUCUUGGGUUUCCUCCACGGUGCCUAUGGCCUCGGCGGUACCAUUGGCCCUCUGAUCGCGUCUGCCAUGGUAACUGAGGGAAAACUGAACUGGCACACCUUCUACUAUAUCAUGAUAGGACUUGCUGUGGUUGAACUUGUUGUCGGAACUGCCGCGUUCUGGGGUGCAACCGGCCAAGUGUAUCGACAGCGAGUUCGCUACGACGAAGCUAAAGAGCGUACAACAACACGCAUGGCACUCAAGAAGCCCAUCACCUGGAUAGUUGCCGUCUUCCUCCUGGGAUAUGUUGCGACUGAGGUUAGCUUGGGGGGUUGGAUUGUCACUUUUAUGCUUCGAGUACGACGUGCCAAACCUUUUCUUGCUGGCUUGAUAGUGACCCUGUUCUGGCUCGGGCUGACAUUGGGUCGAGUUGUUUUGGGCUUCGUCACAGAGAGGACUGGUGAGAAGACGGCUAUCACGGUCUAUCUCGUGCUCUCCAUAGGGUUGGAACUACUGUACUGGCUUGUCCCCAACUUUGUCGCCUCUGUCAUCUUCGUCAUACUUCUUGGGUUCUUCCUGGGGCCUCUGUUCCCUGCUGCCAUGGUUGCUGCAACCAAGUUACUUCCGGCUGAUUAUCACGUCAGUGCCAUCGGGUUCGCGGCUGCGGUCGGAGGAGGUGGUGCAGCUGUGGGACCAUUCGCGGUCGGUGCAAUUGCGCAAAAGACCGGAGUUCAAGUUCUACAGCCUAUAAUAGUCGGGCUCCUUGGUGCUAUCACUCUGAUAUGGCUUCUCCUUCCAGGAGGGUUCAGAAAGGGAGGUCUCGAAAGGGCAAGGGAGCAGAACUUGAGACCUGGAGGUGAUGUGAAGGAGGCUUGGUUGUGGGUCAAGUCAAAGGUGGCUUAG